GGAUCCUGAAGACACCACAACCAACAAUUCUUCGUCACCAAUUCCCAACUCGUCCUCGCAAACCGAUCAAGAUGUCGUUGACGAUCCCACAAGCCUCGCAGGCAGGGUUGUUCAAGCCAGGGUACAAUAGUUACGAUGCAGAAGAUGGUGCAGUCAUACGCAAUAUUGAUGCCUGCAGAACGAUUGCUCAGACAGUGCAAACAUCACUGGGCCCAUACGGUCGCAACAAGAUCGUCAUUAAUCACCUUUCAAAACUGGUAUUGACGUCCGAUGCCGCUACCAUCCUACGAGAGUUGGAAGUCGUUCACCCCGCUGCCAAACUGUUGGUCAUGGCAAGUCAACAACAAGAAGCCGAGAUGGGAGAUGGAACAAACUUUGUCAUUAUUUUGGCCGGCGAAUUACUGAAAAAGGCGGAAGAAUUAAUACGAAUGGGUCUCAAGACAAGUGACAUUGUGUCAGGAUACGAGAAGGCACAGGCCUUUGCAUUGAAAACACUCGAAGACCUCGAGGUCGACAGAUUAUCAAACCUCAGAUCCCCGGAAGACCUCAGCAAGGCACUUCGCACUGUUGUGGCAUCGAAACAGUCUGGCCAGGAAGACGUCCUUGCACAACUCAUCGCAGAAGCCGUACUCGUUGUCCUACCGAAAAACCCCGUUAACUUCAAUGUUGAUAAUGUCCGGGUGGUUAAAAUUAUGGGUGGCGACCUCUCUGCCUCUCGCGUGAUCAAGGGCAUGGUACUUGGACGUGAGCCUGAUGGAACCGUCAAGCGAGCGAAGAAAGCCAAGGUCGGCGUCUUCUCCUGCCCCAUUGAUGUCUCGCAGACCGAGACCAAAGGCACCGUUCUCCUCAAGAACGCACAAGAGAUGAUGGACUUCAGCAAAGGCGAGGAAAGUCAACUAGAGGCCGCAAUCAAGGAACUCUAUGAUUCGGGGCUCCGGGUCGUUGUCGCUGGUUCCACCGUCGGCGAACUCGCCCUUCACUACCUCAACCGCUUCGGCAUCCUUGUCAUCAAGAUCCUCUCCAAGUUCGAACUCCGCCGCCUCUGUCGUGUCUGCAACGCCACUCCACUCGCCCGCUUGGGAGCACCCAUGCCCGACGAGAUGGGUAGCAUCGACGUGGUAGAAACCACCGAAAUUGGCGGAGACCGAGUCACUGUUUUCCGACAAGACUCAGAGACAGCAACCACCAGGACCGCCACCAUCGUGCUCCGAGGAGCCACCCAGAAUCAUCUCGACGACGUCGAACGAGCUAUUGACGACGGCGUCAACGCCAUCAAAGCCAUCACCAAAGAUCCCCGCCUCGUUCCCGGCGCCGGCGCCACCGAGAUGCAACUCGUAGAACGAAUCAGCCACUACGCCGACAAAACACCAGGCCUCCCUCAAUACGCAAUCAAGAAGUACGCGGAAGCAUUCGAAGUGAUCCCACGCACUCUAGCCGAGUCAGCCGGUCUGGAUGCCACGGAAAUUAUUGCACGACUAUACACCGCCCACCAGCGAAAUACCAGCGAAGUCAAACGCCGAACACAAGAUGCAGAAAGCAGCGACGAAAACUCCGAGGAAGACGACGAUGAAGAAGAUGAAGAAGACACGUCUGGAACAUCCGACUCAGAAGAUCCGUACUGGACAACUGGCGUGGAUCUAGAAACUUCAGACGCCACUGGUGUGUUGGACGCAGUGGAGGAACAGAUCCUCGACUUGAUGAGUGUCAAGAGCUGGGGUAUUCGACUUGCCACCGAGGCGGCACGUACUGUGCUCAGCGUCGAUCAAAUCAUCGUCGCGAGACAGGCGGGCGGACCGAAACCGCCGGGCCCGAAUCCUAACUGGGAUGAGGACUGAGGACUGAGUCUAAGGUCUAAGUAGUGUGAUGUGUUGAAAGAGGAUUAAUGUCAGGUGUGAUGUGAUGUGAUGCCUCACACGAUCCUUGAAUGGGAUGUCCUCCCAUCUACCUUGAUGACAGAUCACCCUCCAUCCUUCCCCACCUUACCAACCUUUCGACUGGGCUUGGGUGAGGAAUAUGCCACAGGACGACAUGAUACGGCAUGCAAGAAGUCAGAGUGAACAGUAUACCCAUCCUAUCCUCGAUACAUUUCAAUAUGUGCCAAGUGGUGAGGGGAUUGCUGAGAAACAUGUGGCAUCAAGAGGGAUUCAUCAUGCGCCCGUGUCCAAGACCCUGAAUCUUGUACACCCGCGUUUGAAUGGAUUGUUCAGCAGGUUGAUAUCGACAACCGCGUGGACCUUACAUAGACUGAAGCCAUAGGUAUAGAUUUCCUCGAUGACUGGGGCUGGAGCCAUAACUCCAGUCUUGAAUGAUUCAUCC